CGGAUUUUGCUUCGACAGCGAGGAUGACAAUUUCAGCUGGUGUCCCAGGUAGCGAGUGUUCCGUCGCUGCUGUAGGUUGGCAAGAAAUCGCGUCAAAGAAGCGAGCGUUGCGCGACGUGGCGGUCAGGACCUUCAAGAAUGCCGACGACGUGGAUACCGCGAUUACAGCCAUCGAUGAUGCCUCUGCUCUCGUUGAGGCACUAGCAAGUGGCCAGCUCACAGCGGAAGCAGUAACAAGAGCCUACAUUCAGCAGGCCAUCGAAGCACAUGAGAACACCAACUGCCUCACAGAAGUUUGCUUCGCAGAAGCCAUCGACCGAGCUAUCACCCUCGACAAGCAUUUAGCGACUACGGGUUCCCCAUACGGCCCCUUGCAUGGCAUGCCCAUAUCACUGAAGGACCAGUUCGACGUUAAAGGACUCGACACAACUCUAGGCUAUGUAGGACGUUCUUUUGCGCCAGCAGAGGCUGACUGUGUUCUCGUGCAAAUGUUCAAGUCCAUGGGCGCUAUCGUGAUCUGCAAGACCAACAUACCGCAAAGCAUCAUGUGGUGCGAAACCGACAACCCGCUAUUCGGGCUCACGACCAACCCGACAGACAAGCGAUACACCCCAGGUGGCUCUACUGGAGGUGAAGCAGCUUUGCUCUCUUGUCGGGGGAGCGUGCUGGGCCUCGGCACAGACAUUGGUGGUAGCAUCCGCAUUCCAUCUCACAUGAUGGGAUUGUAUGGAUUUAAGCCAAGUAGCGCUAGACUGCCCUAUCGGGGUGUCCAGGUGUCAACUGAUGGGCAAGAGCACGUACCAUCUUCUGUUGGACCCAUGGCUCGCAGCCUCAAGUCCAUCGAGCUUACCAUGAGAAGCCUGUCCAAUGCAAGGCCGUGGACUCGUGACCCAAAGUGUGCCCCAAUACCUUGGCGGCAAGAUGCCUACGAUGAGAUUAUCCAACGCCCGUUAGUACUAGCAGUGCUCAUCAAUGAUGGAGUCGUCCAGCCUCAUGCACCAGUUGCCCGGACUUUGCAGCACGCCGUCGAGAUACUACGAAGUGCGGGACAUCAAGUCUUUGAGUGGGAUGCUUCGCUACAUCAAGAUGCUAUCGAGGUUAUGGAUGCAUACUACACUGCCGAUGGCGGCGAGGAUAUCGUUUGUGCCGUUUCGGCUGGCGGCGAGCCCUAUAUUCCGCACGUCGAGAAGCUUCUCAAGAGAGGUGACGCAAUUUCCGUAUUCGAGUAUUGGCAGCUCAACCGGCGGAAGCGAAGUAUUCAGCAUGCCUAUCUCGACAAGUGGCAGAACUUCACUUUGCCAAGUGGCGAGAAAGUAGUUGCAGACGCGCUCAUAAUGCCCCCUAUGCCGCAUUCUGCAGUUCCUCACGGCUCAUGCCGUUGGGUUGGAUACACCAAAGUCUGGAACCUAAUGGACUAUCCUGCUUUGGUCAUUCCAGGGGGCCGCGUUGGUGACUUCAGUAAAGAUUGUCCCGUUCCAGUCGAUCGAAAGGCUGAAGCAGUGAACAGUCAUGGAGGAGAGCUGGAUGCCCUCAACAGAGCGUUGUGGGAAGAGAAAGGCGACGAGAUGGCAACCCUUAAUCUUCCUAUUGGCAUCCAAAUCAUUGGGCAAAAGCUGGAGGAAGAACGAGUUUUAGGGGUUGGAAAAGUACUAGACGAUCUCCUCCGCAAGUCCAAAACCACAUAGACCCGUACGAAUGCGGCUCUUUCGUUCAGAAAUUGGUUCUGGUAUUACUCGUUCGCUACUGCCAGUGCCAGUUAAGUCUAUCAUGCGCUAUACUUAAACCUGUCAGGAACGUUCUUGAGCUGCGAGGGUACGGCUUAUGCACGCUCAAACUAAUCUUAAUUAUGUAAGGCGCCAGGUUGUCUGUAAAGC